GAUAAGAAUUGGUCAAUGGGUGGACUUCAAUAUGUAUGAUCUACUUAUGCUGCCACAAUGUAAAGGCAACAAUCACUGGGUUUUGCUGGUUGCAAGUGUUAUGUCCAGGACUGUAACCAUUUACGACUCAUUGGGUGGUAACAACAAGGCCUUGUUCGAUUUGUUCUGCCAGUUCAUGUGUCAACGAGGGCAAAUUGUGAAAGAUGGCUUGGAAAAAAUCAGUUCAGAGUUAAAAGCGCCACCUUGCAACAAACAGCGCCACGGAAACAGCUGUGGAGUGUUUGCAUUGAUGACUGCCAAAUGUUUGGUCAUUAAAAAGCAUCCCACAAUGUUGCGACAGGCCCAUGAUUCAGUUUAUCGAGACUAGUCGUGAGAAGCAGACUUCUGAUUCCUGGAGUGCGGCAAACAUAUCUGUGCGACUCGAUCACUCCACUGUAAAGACCCGCACGGCAUUUAAAUGGAUAUUAUCAAUAUGUGUUGUUGCUCGAAAAUAUGUUUGUGUAGCAGGAAAUGCUUUGGGCUCGAUUAAUCUGAGAACUCAACAAAAUAUUAAUAAAAUCCUUCUGUGCCUUUUAGUUCUGAAAACAGAAGUAGCCAGUUGGUAUUACACAUCUCCUAAACAAGUACAGCACGAUAAAACUUAUAAACCUAGAUAUUUAUUUAUGUAGUGGUGUAUUUUUCAAUGAGUGCCUUAUGAUUCCAAAAACAUAUUGACUUAAAAUAAAUAAUCCCGAUGGCGUAAA